AUGUCAUCUUUAAAUAUAGAAUACCCGUCUGAACUACAGCGUGGUGUAUGUGAUCAACUACUCUCAGGAAUACCCUCAUCUAAUGGAUCUAUUGUUGUUAUUCUUGCAAUCAAUCUGAUUCGUUCGGGACCAAGAGCACUAGUUCAUGUUGCAGAUGCUGGAUCUAAUAUACAUGAAAGUGGAGUUCCCCUUAGUAUUAGGCUUGUUAUGUCUGACGCAACUCAAUUUCAACCAGGAGAUUUAAUAAGAAUCAUUCGGUUCUCGCUAAAUGAAAUUCACUCUACGAAGUUAGUUACAGUUAUUCAAUUUGAAAAGGUUGGACAUUGGUCAGGGUACACUGCUAUUGGAAAAGCAAUACCUCAUCCAGGAAUGGGUUCAAAUAAAGUUUCAUCUAGCAAUAACUCUGUUAAUGACCAACAACAAAACCAACAAAUGUCUGGAAACAAUUUCUAUAAUUCCACAGGCAGCUCUAAUGGUAACUUAUCUGAGAGGCAAUUCAACACGGUUGUAACUAACAACAAUAGACUUGGUUCAGUUAAUCAACAAUAUAACACUACAGGCACAAAUUUAAUAGGCAAUAAUAGUACAAACCAAUUUAAUUCAAGUAGCAUAGGUAAUGAUCAGAUGGGACAUAGUGAAUUGAGUAAUUCUGGGAAUAAUAAUUUUAACCAGAUAAAUAAUGGUACAUUUUCAAAUAAUAUAGAUACACAAAGUGAUAAGCAAAACAUUACUCAUGAUCUGAUCAUGGGUAAUCAGUACAAUGGAAAUAAUAAUAUAGCUGGAAGUGAGGUAAUGAGUAAUAGCUCAUAUAACAAUGGAAUAAAUCAAAAAGUGAAUAACAUAUAUAAUAAUUUAAAUGGAGGUAGUAACCAACAAGGCGUGAGUGGGCCAAUGAAUAGUAACCUAUAUGGACCAAAUAUUCAGUUAAAUAGUGACAGGAUAAAUCAUAACAUAUACAAUGGGAACAACCAACCUAGCGCUGGUCCAAUUCACAGUAACCCAUAUGGAAGAAGUGUUCAACAGAUACCUGGAUCAGGCGCAGUCAAUAUGGGACAUAUUCAACGAAGUGGUCCCUACUCAUCAGGAUCUAGAGGAGGACCAAUUUCAAGAAAUCAAGAUAUUCCAGUUUAUCCUAUAAAGAGCAUAACAUCCUAUCUACAUAGGUGGCGUAUAAUAGGCCGUGUAAUUAGUAAGAGUGAUGUUAGGACAUUUUCAUCUUCCAAAUCUAAGGAAGGUAAAGUUUUUUCAUUCGAAAUUUGUGAUGCAGAAGGAAGUCAAAUUCGGGCAACUUGCUUCACAAAGGCUGUAGAUAAAUUUUAUGAAUUUUUGAAGGAAGGUGAAAUUUAUAGUUUCUCAAAGGGUGAUGUCAAGGAAGCAAAUGCAAAGUUUAACAAGACUGGCCAUGGUUUUGAAAUAAUAUUUAAUGAGGACGCAGAUAUCCAGAGUAUGCCUGAAGAUAGUCGUAUACCUAAGAAAGCAUACAACUUUGUUUCAAUAGCUGAUAUUAGAAAUUAUUCAAAAGGACAAUCAAUAGAUAUAUUGGGUAUACUUUGGAAAGCAAGUCCAAUAAUGACAAUAACUAUAAAGUCAACAGGUGCUGAUACCCAAAAGCGAGAAUUAACUAUCUUAGAUAGAUCUGGAUAUAGUAUUGAUUUAACAUUGUGGUCUGAAAGAACAAAUUUAGAUGAAGGCAUGUUAGCACAAAAUCCUAUGAUAGCAGUGAAAAAUGCAAUUAUUGAGGAAUUUAAUGGGUUUAAACUAAAAUUUGGACCAAAUACAUCAAUUGAAUGGAAUCCAAUUAAUAUUGAGCAAGCUGAUGAAUUAAGACAAUGGUUCCAGGAAUCAAACAACCAAAAUUCAAUUGUAUCAUUGUCAGCCAAUAGUACAGGCAAUAUUAAUUCUGUCACAAAUAGUCAAAGGCAGUCAAUAGAAGAAAUAAUUGCAACUGCAACUUCUGGAGUAAAUUCUUCAGAUAUACUAGAUGGUGGUAUAUGGGUAUUCACGAAUGCUACAAUCCGCACAAUUAGGGAUAAUAAAUAUUUUUGGAGUAGUUGUCGCCAAUGUAAAAGAAAGGUUACUGAAAUAGAAGAUCCAAACAGUGUAAGUGCUCUAAUUCUGCCAUUUUCUUCAGAGAAUGGUAAUAAAGUGAAUACAGGACCUAAUUAUCAUUGCCCAAAUUGUCAACAAACAAUUGAAGAUCCAUUAAAGAAGUAUAUUUUAAGUUGUGAACUAAUUGAUAGCACAGGAACAUUGCGUGCAGUUGCAUUUGCUGAACAUGGUGAAUCAAUAAUGGACGGGCUAAAUGUAGAUCAGUUGGAAUCAAUGAGAAAUAAUCCAGAAAAAAGUACUGAAGAUAUAUUUGCAGAUAAAAAUUUUAGUGAAUGGGUCUUUAAACUAAAUGGGAGGAAGGAAGUAUAUCAAGAUUCCACAAUUUUGAAAUAUCGCAUAUUUGGUGUUGAAGAUAUGACAUCUCCUGAUGUACUAAAUAGAGAAGCAAAGAAAAAGCUUGAAUAUGUAUACAGUAAAUUAAAUGGCUUUAUUCAGUCUCCAAAUUUAAAUAUAUCUUCUGAUAAGGUCAAAAUUGGGACUGGGUUUGAAACAAUUCAGUUUUAA